AAAAAAAAUAAAUCUAAAAAUAAGAAUCAAGAAGAAGAAGCUUUUGUUGACAACAGAGAAGAAGGAAGGAGCCGGUGUCACGGACCAAGCAACAGGUGACAGCUUGACUAUUUUAACCUCAAUUAAUCGUUGUCAGCGCCGGAAAUAGACUGCAAUGGCAUCCUAUGAACCUCCAGCCAAAAGAAUUCUUCACAGUGGCUACUUUAAUGCAACCCUGAGGAAAUGGCAGUCGUCCAACACAGAAAUUCAUCCAUGGAACCUGAUGUAUCCCAUAUUUAUUGUUGAUGAGCCCGAUGCAGUGCAACCUGUGGACAGCCUUCCUGGUGUGUCACGGUAUGGAAUCAACCGACUUGAUGCCGCAAUCAAACCCCUUGUUGAAUUGGGAUUGAGUUCUGUUCUGCUUUUUGGCGUUCCAUCAAAUAUGCCAAAGGAUGAGGUUGGAUCCAGUGCCGACAGCCCUGAUACGCCUGUGAUACAAGCUAUCAAGAUCUUGAGAGAGAGAUUCCCAGACCUUGUAGUUGCGUGUGAUGUUUGUCUCUGUGCAUACACAAGCCAUGGCCAUUGCGGUAUUUUGAAGGAAGAUGGCACUAUCGACAACUCCCCCAGCAUCAAACGCCUAGCAGAACAAGCUACAGCCUAUGCUAAAGCAGGUGCUCAAAUCAUUGCCCCUUCUGACAUGAUGGACGGACGCGUGGGAGCUAUUAAGGCUGCCCUGCACGAAGCUGGUCUUCAGUCCAGUGUGUCGGUGCUCUCGUACGCCGUAAAGUUCGCAUCCUCUUUCUACGGACCUUUCAGAGAUGCAGCGAAGUCUGCUCCUAGUUUUGGUGACCGAAGGUGCUAUCAGUUACCUACUGGGUCAGUGGGGCUGGCUAACAGAUCUGCUGAACGAGAUGUGGAAGAAGGGGCAGACAUGCUAAUGGUCAAACCUGGCAUCUCGUACCUUGAUGUUGUUAGACAAACCAAGGACAAGUACCCUAACCAUCCCCUUUUCAUAUACCAAGUUUCUGGUGAAUAUGCGAUGCUUUAUCACGGAGCAAAUGCAGGUGCUUUCGACCUCAAGACAAUACUGAUGGAGGUCCUUACUAGCAUGAGGAGAGCAGGAGCUGACGUGAUUAUCUCGUACUACACUCCAAUGGUCUUGAAACUCCUGAAGGAAACAUAAUCAGGUUCUCUGUAGGUAUCAGUUCUCCGAGGUCAGGCACUCCUUCCUUCGAGGCGUUUUUGGCGUUCCUAUGAAUUAGGCUUCCACAGGUGGUAGUUCAGCACUUUCAGUUUCCAUGCCUAAAUGUCCGUUCGUAAACUGUGUAAACCGUGCCUUGCUAAGUGACAGUUCAUUGACUCGUUAUUAAGAAGUAAUAUGCCUAGUACAACUGGUAUUAGUAUAGGCUUUAUGGUAGAGUGUUUGGGUGAAUAUUUUAAAAUUUUAUUGGCUGUGCAAGUUGUAAGUUUGCAUCUUGGUUGGUCAAUGAACUUAUUCAAAGUUUAUUAAUUUAACUAUUUAAGGUGCUUUAGAAGCAUGUUCAUUCCUAAAAUUGAUUUAACAUUUGCACUUUGAUCUUUGGAUAUAACUAUUCCUUGUCAGGUGUUCAAGAAACUAAGAUUAAUCAUCUUUUAUACCGAGACUAGUUUGAAAGUCCUGAAGGAAGGAAAAAGAGAAAAGAAUAUAGAAUAAGUUUGGUUCAACCCAGAGGAAAUGACAGCCUAACUUAAUUAAAUUAAUCUUUCCAAGCAAAAAGUUCUCUCUACUUGUCAAUGCUCCUGUGUUCGUGGUAGAGCUGCGUGCAAUAAGAUCUCUAGUUAAAAUAUUUUCUGUGACUAAAAGAUUCGUAUAAUUUUAAGUCCUUCAAAGUUUUUAUAUAACAUCUCUCAAGCCCAUCAUAUUGUAAUAAAUGCAAGUUAUUAUGGGAUAAUGUCUUACAGCACCAAAUUUUAACAAAGCAUAGUGAUUCGUGGGUUGUAGCAUUCUUUGUACAUGAAACAAGGACCACAUUGAAGCACUUCCAUCCUGUCUUGAAUGUGGUUGUUAUUAUUUGACUUUUUCCUGUUGUAUUUGAUGAAUAACCCACAUGGGCCAGUCCUUGUAUGUGGAGAUAUCAGGUCAAAACUAACAGUUAGUUUAUUUUGUGUGAAAUAUCUGAACUUCAACCAGCAGUGAAUGUCAAGUUUUGUAAAUGUCGGUGUUUAUAUUUUUCAAGAGUUGCAAUUUUAAUUUGUCUGGUUGCUACCUAAUAAUUGUACUAAAAAAAUGUUAGCCGAGGUCCUCAGCAGUAAAAAUGACCGUAGUCUGCACUGCAUGCAGUAGAUAUGUAAAUUUGCAUUUCUAUGAAUAUGUAUAAAUUGGAUAUUCAUAAACAUAUGCAGUAGAUGUAAGGUAGUCUCAUGAGCGCACUUUCUUGGGCUGUUAAAGCAGUAUCUUGCCACCAAAAUUUGGACCAAGUAGCCAGUAUGUAAUAACUGAUGGAUUUUACUCCCAUGAAUUAUCAUCUCAGAUUAACUUUGUGGUAAUUUAAGGUGUCCAAGUUCAGGCUUUUUCUUCAUCAUUGUAGCAAUUACAGGUAGCUUUGAUUGUGCUGAAAUAUGAAAAAUUACGGUUGUUUCGCUUCUUGGUACAAAGUUUGGCAGCAAUACUUAUUACUUUUAAGGAACAUUCUCCCCUACUCUGUUCAAAUAGCAAAUGUAAUUUUUUUAAAACUUAAAUCUGCAUCAGUUUAACUAUAGUAGUAUGAGACUUCCUCUUAUAAAACUGGAAAUAAGGCCUUUGCAUUGGAAUGUUCCAUUGUAAAUGUAGAUUCGAUAAAAAUUACUGAUGGCUGAUAUCACCAAAGCUUAUGAAGAACAUACAUUAUACUAUGAUUCAUUAACCAUCAAAUUUCAAGCUAGAAUCCAAUAAUCUUUGCUCAGAGGAACAUAGCACAAUGAUUGUAUCCAAACCUGGUUACAAUAUCAUUUGUUGCAGGUAUUUUACAGUUUAUAAGUGAACGAGUUAUAUGCAUGAACUAAUAAUGUAGAUAAUUUUGCUUGAAACAUGGAUUAAAUCUUUUUAUACUCUAAGGUUGUGCAUUUGUACAACAUACUUUUGUAAUAGUGACUGAUUUUACUUUUGUAUUAGUGAUUGGCUUUGAAUUAAAUAAAUUCAAGUAAUUUUUAAAA